AUGACGGAUGCUAAAUGCGCAGUCUAUCUGUGCUUUCAGACAAGAUUUACAAGCGAAAAUGGAGCUAUGCUUGAUGCAGUGAAGCUAGUUCGUGGGUUAACUGGCUCGAUAGUUUAUGAAGCAAAUGCUACUCGUCGAGAUUUGCGUGGCGACUGGAGCACUUUUGCGCUUUCAAGCCGAUCCCUCGAGUCGGCUUGGCGUCGAUCUAUAUCCAGAGUUAUACUCGAAGUUGUCGGUGCACCCAUACAUUACAAGUGCGAAUUACAACAGACGGUAGUUUGUAUUCCGCGCAAACGCAGUACAUAUCGAUGGCUUUGGGAGCUCAUGACGCAGCGAGGUAUCGCGAUUUGCUUCAAGCAAUGGAGCUCAAGUAAAAACAGCAUUGUAACAAAUCAUGACUACACACCAUGA